GAAAAGAAGAGGAAACAGGCGGAGACCGACAGAAAGAGGGCGGAGGUCCGCGCCCGCCUUGAGGAGGCUUCCAAAGCCAAGAAAGCGAAGAAGGGUUUCAUGACCCCUGACAGGAAGAAGAAGCUUAGGCUGUUGCUGCGUAAGAAAGCCGCUGAGGAAUUGAAGAAGGAACAGGAGAGAAAGGCCGCAGAGAGGAGGCGCAUCAUCGAGGAACGUUGCGGAAAGGCGAAGAACGUCGACGACGCCAGCGAAGGUAUUUUGCACAAUUUUUCAAAAAAAAAAAAAAAAAAGAAAACAUUUUCAUUUCUUUUUUUUUUCUUCACUUCUGUGUCACACCGUAACACGCGUGAUUAUUAUCUCGAUUCACCGGCGCGCCGUCAGACUGCUAACAACAAACUCGGUCAGGAUCGAAGAUCGAACAACACCCUCGUCGCCCGUCGCAGGUCUACAGAAAUUUCCAUUUUCUCUCUCUCUCUCUCUCUCUCUCUCUAUUUCUAUCUCUCUGUCUGACAUCGACAGACAUGGCGCGAUCGAAGCACAUUCGACUCGCCGUGACAGAUGUCGCGUUCGUUCGAAAUUUUUUCCGCUCGUCCUUGUUCACGCUGUGUGUGUUUUCAGACACAUCUCUCUUCCCUUUUUUCCCCACACGAGCACGCAGGACGCAUUUUGAUGCUCGUCGAAUUUCACGAAUUCACAUCCCCCCACCCCCCGGAGAGAUUCUUCCACUCGUCGUAGAUCGCAACACGUAGAACCGCCAAGCGUGUCUACGUGACGCUUUGAUAGUCGCGCGCUGCUAAUUCUGUUCGUAAAAAAAAAAAAAAAAAUAAAGAACGCUCAGUAAACGUGAAUACGACCGAAUGAGUAUGAUGAAAAUUCUGUUUCGAAUUUUGUUUCACUUUGGUCCACACAGAAACCGUGAAGCGCGUGCUGCGCGAAUACCACAAUAGGAUCAUAGCGUUGGAGGAUCAAAAGUUCGACUUCGAAUAUAUU